UGGUCGAUAUCCUUAGCUAUAUAGAGACAACCAACUCGGGCGGUCUACGGUGGCCGUGCGCGAGACGCUUCGCCGAGUUCGAGCAGUCCACCACAAGUCUCGUCGCGUAAUCGCUGCUACGAAAUAACACACCCCCUGCGUGCAUCGUGUGCUGACCGUGGUCCGCGAUCGCGAGAGCGCGGUUACAUCCGAGAGGGAAAACGUCCCCGUCUUUGGCGCUUUUCCUUCGUUCGCAUCACUCAACUCCCCCGCCACCCCGUGCGCGUUAAAUAUUAAUCGAUCGGUAGCCGAGCGCAGCGCAGCGCGUGGUGCAUCCGUCGUCGCAUCUCACGUCGCAUCGACAGCCGACGACGACGUAUUUCGGCGCGGGAUUUCCCACAUCGACCGUCAUCAAAGAGAGCGAUCCGUCGUCCGUUAAGGGAGACAACCUCCUUCCCCGUCCCUAGGGAGUGAUUCUUCCAGAUGGCGCGUCAGGAUGGCAGAGAUGCCGCGGAUCAGAACUUUGAUUACAUGUUCAAACUGCUGAUAAUCGGCAACUCAUCCGUGGGAAAGACCUCCUUCCUUUUUCGCUACGCGGAUGAUUCCUUCACCUCAGCUUUCGUGUCAACCGUAGGGAUCGACUUUAAGGUGAAGACCGUCUUCAGACAUGACAAAAGGGUCAAGUUACAGAUCUGGGAUACGGCGGGUCAGGAGAGAUACAGAACGAUCACGACGGCCUAUUACAGAGGCGCGAUGGGUUUCAUUUUAAUGUACGACAUCACAAACGAAGAAUCCUUUAACUCAGUUCAGGACUGGAUCACGCAAAUAAAAAAUUAUUCGUGGGACAACGCCCAGGUAAUCCUCGUGGGCAACAAAUGCGACAUGGAGGAGGAGAGGGUGAUUAGCUCCGAGAGAGGUAAACAGUUGGCGGAACAAUUAGGGGUACGAUUCUUCGAGACCUCGGCCAAGGAGAACAUCAAUGUUAAGGCGGUGUUCGAGACGCUGGUGGAUAUAAUAUGCGACAAGAUGAGCGAAUCUUUGGACAAUGAUCCGACCCUGAUGGCGAGUGGUAUGGGCCAGACCAAGGGUCAACGACUCACCGAUCAGCCAACCAAUCCAGCGAACACUAACUGUAAUUGCUAAAAAAAUAUGGCGACAUGCAGAAGAGAGGGGAAAAAACCCAGAGAGAUCGUAUGUGUGUGUUGCACAUGUGUGUUACGUGUGUUAGAAAGAGAGGAAAAGAAAAAAAGGAGGAAAAAGAGGAGAGGAAGUGUCGUGUGCGACGCUGGCGAGUUAACUAGUCCACUUACUUCGUCGUUCCUUCGUUACAUUAUUUAUUUCGGAGGCCUUUCAUUCUCAUCUAUUUCCUUUCAUCCUUUCUCGGCGCGAGAUGAUAUGUAAAAUGAAUCUAAUGUACGCUAUAAUUAUAUAUACAUAUAUACAAUAUAUAUAUACACAUAACGAUUGUGAUCAUCGAGAUGCGACCGAAUAGACUAACGACCGCAAUCGGCCGUGGUCCUCCUUUCGGUUCAUUCGCUUGAUAGGAAUCAGGGAUGGACUUCGAUAAGUUCAGAUUUCCAUGCCGCAGACACGCUGAUCAUUACGUUUUUUUAUUAGGAAUAAAUAUAACAUCAAUUACGGUUAUUAAUGGUAGUUAUUAAUGAUAUCUGCUCCUUAAAUUACUAAAAUUUAUUUAAACUUAAUUCAGAUUUAAUCAAUCUCUCUUAUUUUCUUUUAAAGAAUCAAAGAAGGCAAAAGAUUCAAUUGACUCACAAUUAAUCAUUCGGAUGAAGACGAAAAUCUUUAAAGCAACAAAAGUGAGACUUAAAAUAUCUGUGCUUUUUAUCAUAUAUAUGGUCCUUUUUACAAUUUUAUUAAGAAAUUAAUUUUAUAAAGCUUAAAUUUUUUAUAUAUUAACUAAAAUAUCUCGCUCAUCGAGAUUAUUCUCGUGUAUCUGGCAUCGAAAUCUGGGCUCAAUGAAAUAAUGCAGAUUUCGAUUUCUGUUACUGAGAAGAAAAAGAGAUAGAAAAUGACGCGAGGAAAAGAUAUUAGAAAUACGAAAAAAACACAUUGUAUUAUUUGGCGGUUGAUAAUAAUUAAUGACGAUGAUCAUUAUAGCGGGAACGAUGUUGCUCACUCGAUGUUUGGCAUUAUAGAUUCAUGCAGAAAAAUCGGACACGACCGAAGGGAGUGACUCAAGUCCGUGCAUUAAAUAAAAUGCGCCCAAGAAAGUCUGACAAUAAGCGUCAAUCAUUCGACAAAAUUACACAAGUUCUGAAUAUCGAGUAAUCGGAGACGUAAUAGAUGAAAGAUUAAAAUACAAGAGCGAUAUAAGAUACGCGAGCAUGAACAAUUGCUUUAGCGAUUAUUACAUUAAUAUUUGUUGUAAUACACGCGGAAGCGAUUAAAUAAGAUUCACAUAAUCAAUCUAUAAUCAGAUAUUCUAUAAAAGAAAAGAUUAUUUAAACAUAUAAAAUAAAAUAAAAAAAUCUUUCAACGAUAUACGCUUGAAAAAAUUUAAGUAAUAUGCUUCUAAGGAGAAUCUUUUAGUUUUGUCUUUUAAAUAUUUCCAUAUAUUCGAUAAAAUAUUUCGUUACCAAACUUUUUCAAUAUUUGAAAUAUUUUUUUAACCGAUAAUAUUCGAUUAUUCAUGCGCAAUCGAUGAUUCACUAAUGUAUACUUGCAGCGAGUAUAACUCUCGUAAUUUAGAUAUAAAGUGUCACGAUGACAAUGACAACGCCGAUUAAAUAUGCACAAUUUAUUUUCACCCACGGAAAAGUCCAAAUAUUUUAAAAUCUAGCGUUUGGAUACUAAAUACAUUUUUCGUUGCAACUGAAGUAUAGCUUCGCGAUUUUUUAAGGUGUCGUUUAUGCAAAUUGAUUAUAACGUCAAACCUUGACGUUCCUGAAAAGUUUUUGAUUGCAUUUAUUAUUAUUUUAUUUUUCAUUAAUCUUUGACGUCUUUUUGCAUCUUUUUUUUUUUUAGAGAAAAUGAAAUAAUAUUUAUCCAUAAAAAGCGAUAAGAGAGUUGUGUAUCGCAAGAGAAAACUCAUUUCUGUACAGUUCUCUUUAUAGCUACGUUUAACCAAUUAUCUAUUUAAUUAUCCAUCGAAUAAAAUGAAAAGAUUAUGAUCGCGGAAGAAAAUAUCGCCUUCGAUGAACUAUAAAAUGUUAAAUCUCCGAAUUUUCGGGACAACGCGAUGUCGCAGUAUAAUGUAACGUAAUCAAUAAUUAUCACUCGGCGACUUCAUAUAAUGUAUCGACCUCGAAAUGGCACUCUUCGCAAAAUUAUUUAAGGGGGAAAGCAUUAGCGAAUGUUAAUAUCGGUAUCGAUAAAGGCCGAGAUAAUGAUAGAGCCGUGUUCGACGAUACCGCAAAGCAUCCAGAGAGGAACCAGGAGCAUCGAUCUGGCGUCAAUUAUCGAGGAGUACCGACGUCCCGCUACUAUUACUACUACUUCAAUCAUCAUCCGGCGUUAAAUCUAUCUACCUACUUACUAUAGGCAAGCUGCCCUCUGUACAUAAGUGAGAUAAUAAAAACAAAAAAGUAUCUAUUAUGUAUCACUGAAUCUGUAAUAAGGUGUAAUGUGUAAUGCGUUAAUUUAGCGAGAAGAGCAUGCCAGAAAUCACGCGGCCCGCGACACCGGACACGGUUAAUUAAUUGACAUGGUGCAAUUAAUCAAUCGCAGAUGUUGCGAAUUGUCAACGGCAAUCGCGUCCUUGAUCGAGCGAUUGAAAACGAGAAACAGAGCAAGAGAGAAACAACUAGCGCGAUUAAAAAAAAAAAAAAACGCGGUUAUUAGUGAAUAUUUGCACUAUUGUAAUUUCGACAAGUUCGUAUCUUUGUUACAGAUAGAUGUGCAAAAAUCUUACGCCAAUUAUCGCAUUCCCAAAUUAUUUGCAGAUCGUUCCUGUUAUAGAUUUUUAUUUAUAGCAUUAAAAUCCGAACUAAUCGAAAUUAUACAGAAUUUAAAUCUCUGUUUUUUAUAAACAGAAAUGUUCUUCCGGUUGUCGCGGGUAUUUGUAUGUAUGUAUUGUACGGUGUGUAAACUGUACUAUAUAUAUACGCCUAAUAUUAACUAUAAUUACGUUAACGAUAAAACAAUAAUCUAUCACUACAGACACAUACACGACGCGCGCACACAUACAUAUACAAUAUCACAUCAAGAAAAAGAAUAUGACAUGAAAAGACACACAUGAAAAAGAUAAAUUCACAUCACAGGCGUUACGUUGACCAUUUGUAACAAAACAGUUGUACUCUAAAUAAGCUGUAUAAUUGUAGCAGAAGUCAAUCAUGGAUGUUUUCAACGAUCGCUACGUCGUAUAUGUUAAUUAUACAUGUAUAUGUGCACAAUCCGUUAAUGACGCAGAUUCCGAGAGAAAAAGAGAGAGUGUGUGUAUGUAAGCAUGUGAGAAAAAUUGAGAAACACAGAGAAAGAAUGAACGAAAGAAAAUGAGAGAAUGUAACACAGAAACUACUUUGCAAUGAGAAAAUUUGACGUAGCGACAAAUGUAAACAAUAUAUAUACAUAUACAUAUAUAUUUAAAAAAAAAUGACAGAGCUAAUUGUGUAUCGCUCGCGUUGCAUGUGCAAUAUGUACGCGUGUACAUACGUGAGAGAAUAGCGAGAGAGAGAGAGAGAGAGAGAGAGAGAGAAAGAUACGAAGAAAAGAAAGAAAAACAAAUAGUGGAGUAAAUCUAUAAUUUGCAACACGUGUACAAAUCAUUGACAAUUCGGAGGACCAAUUGGUAGAUGCAGUUGGCAGUCGCUUAUCGCAAUCUCGCCCAAUUGUGACACGACUCUCGAUUAGUCUUUACCCCAAUUCUAUCAUUGUUCGCUCUGCAAAAAAAUUGACGAAUGAGGAAACAAAUCGAAAAAUCGACAUUGUCCUUCUGUCAAACGGAAAUGUGUAAUCUGAAGAAUCAAUUUAGGAUCUUCUUAGAAAUCAUUUCGAUUUUCUUUCUAUUGAUAAAGAGAAAAUAUAAAGAGAUAAAAAUUUAAAGCCAAUUCUUCUUUCAAGCCAAUCGCCCAUAAUUCAAGAUUCCGAAUGAAUAAAGUAAAAUCUUAUGGAUUCUUUCGUCUAUUUUCUGCAGAGCGUUUUCAUAUCAUCGUAUCAACCACUGAAUCCUCCGGUCAAUUCGCGGAAUAUUUUUCGCGAAAGCACGUAUCUCUCCGCUCAUGUCGCGAAAGAAUUAUCGAGUGUUUCGCAAAAUAUCCGACGAGAUCUCUUGUUAUAAACGUCGACGCGAUAAGACACAUUGUCAGUUGUUUUCGCGAAAAAAAGAGAAAGAGAUGUGCGUUUACGACUGCAUCAUCGCUACCUGUCAUUCCUGCCUUGCAUAGAGCAUAUCGUUAAAAGAUUCUCGGUCAUCGUCGCCCGUCAAUCGAAAUUGCGCGAUUUAUCGCGAUGGAGAGUGACUUUUCCUUCUCCCCGAAUAUUUAGGAUGAUGAAGCUUCAUUGUACGCCAGUGUAUCAAGCAUCGAUCAUAUAUAUAGACAGAGCUUAAUUGUAUAGAAAGAAAUACAGUCAGCAAUAUCGAUUUUCUCCACGGGA